CUAAAACAAAUAAAGCCAAUAUUCAAUCCACCUAAGUAAACUCGUUUUGACACAUAAUUCGGUUUCUUUCCAUGGCGCUCCCCGAAGAAGCUUCCGCCAUAGAAAGAAUCCGAAUGCAUCUCUUGGGAGAAUCCGAGAUUGAUGGCACCUUCACUCCGUCGACGGUUUCAAAGAUGGAGUGGAUCGAGUUCGGGAUUGGGAGUGAUGAUAGUGAUCGUCAUCGGGAGCACUACAGAGGGGUGAGGCGGCGGCCGUGGGGGAAGUACACGGCAGAGAUUCGGGACCCUAAGAGGCGCGGGUCGAGGGUGUGGCUAGGGACGUUCGACAAGGCGGGGGAGGCGGCUAGGGCUUAUGAUAGGGCGGCGUUCAGGAUGAGGGGCAGAAAGGCCAUCCUCAACUUCCCGCUCGAGAUUCAAGAGGCCAGGCGGAAGAGAGAGCCUUUAAAUUGCACUGCAACAAAAAAAUCGCACUAGGACACCUUUUAAUGCUAUUAAGGAUGUUAACUUUUGCGUCUAAUUAUAACAUCAACAUUUCAUAAAAUGUCAGGGGACACAAAUAGAAGCGUCUUAAAAAAACAAAAAGAUUGAGAUAAUUUACCGUCAACUAAGUAACGCUUUCUUUUGCAUUCUAAAUUAUGGUUUGUUUUUAAAAUUUACAAAUGCUAGUACGUAAUUGUGUUUCAAUUUUGUGUCGCUAAGAGAUAAUUUUCUUUUUUUUGGUAGUGUUUGCCUCCCACGUCUCCUAGUGUAGAAGCACUCAUCAUUUAUUACUUCGUUUAUCUUAA